CACCACUAAGCACACAUAACACCACGAAGCACACAUAACACCACGAAGCACACAUAACACCACUGCCGCUCAAGUCAUACCCACAUUAUCCACGCGCAGUCACACGACUCCCUCUCGCAAGAGCGAGGAGCGACCUCAACGUCGCAUCCCUCCGCCUAACCGACCUACAUUCUCCGCCGUCAGCUCAUGCUCUCUGUCUCUGGUCUUUCUAAUCUCUCUGGUCUGCCUACGGAGUAUAUUUCGCUUGCUACUUCAACCAAAGCCCUGGAUUCACAUCGCUAUAGUUUCGACGUUUUUCCGACACUUCCGACGCUCCGACGCUCCGACACUUUGACGUUUCAACGGGUACUCUGAAGCGCAGACAACCGUCACCCAUCAAGCCCAUCCUUAACGCUAGGCACAGGCCUCUAUCUAGUCCACGGUCGCAAUGACGAGGCCCCGCAAGUCCAGCGCUGCCAGCGAAGAGAGCGACGGCACCGUGUUGGCUGGCGACCAGGAGCUGGAUAGCAUGUACGACUACUUGGCCAAGAUCAUCCUUCUCGGACCCAGCGGGUCGGGAAAGUCGUGUCUCCUCCACCGGUUCGUCAAAAGCGAAUGGCGCAUCCUAUCAUCGCAAACGAUCGGCGUCGAGUUUGCGAGCAAGAUCAUCAAGGUCGGCACCGGCGCACGGCGGAAACGCAUCAAACUACAGCUCUGGGACACGGCCGGCACAGAACGAUUCCGAUCCGUCUCGCGGUCUUACUACCGCGGCGCGGCGGGCGCCGUCCUGGUCUACGACAUUACCUCGCACGCCACAUUCCGCGGGCUGGCGCCCUUCCUCAACGACGCCCGCGCCCUCGCGAGCCCGAACCUCUCGACCAUCCUCGUGGGCAACAAGCUAGACCUGACGUCGGACCACCCCGUCGACAACGACCACCACCACCACCACCAACACAACCACCACAACCACACCACCAACAACAACAACAUCAACAUCAACAUCAACACCUACAAUAACACGCACACACACCUCCCCCCGCCGUCGGCGACACCCAGCAGCGUAGGGUCCAGCUGGAUGGGAGGAGGCACGCCCGGGUCGGUGGGCACGGGAUCAGGCAUGGGGACGCUGGGGCGCGGGUUCAAAGCGACGGAAGCGCCGGAAGGCAGGGAAGUGAGCGCGGCGGAGGCGAGCCGUUGGGCCAGCACGGUGAACGUGCCGGUGGUGAUGGAGGCGAGCGCGCUGAGCGGCGAAGGGGUGGACGAAAUCUUCGGGCGGCUGGCGCGCAUGAUCCUGACCAAGAUCGAGCUGGGCGGCAUUGACCCGGACGACCCCAUGAGCGGCAUUCAGUACGGCGACGGGGGAGGCGGGUACGGCGGGUACGGCGGGUGGAAUGCCGGGGCCAGCGAUGGGGCGAGUAUCAAGAGCUCCGUGACUUCGGCGACUCUGGACGAGACCGGACUGAGGAGGCGCGGCGUGGGGGGCGGCGGUGGGAGGGGGAGGACGAGGGGCGGGCGGCCGGGGAACAGCAAUUGGGGUGGGUUGAGGGAGUGGGAGGAGGUGUUUACGUUGAGUAGUCGGCGGAGGGGAGGGAAUUGCUGCUGAGGGUGCAGGGGAACGAAAGACACGGGAUGGGGGUGCAUGGCGUUCCAAGGCGAGACCACGAUACGAUAUCUUUUUUUUUUUCUCUUCUAUUUUUCACCCCUUUUUUGCUUUCUUUUUCUUUCUUUUUUCUUCCCCUCCUCUUUCCUCUUCCUUCACCCUGUCUGUCCUGUUUCUCCGUCGCCGAGGGGAAGGGGAAUGGAUCACCACAUCACUUACAUGCUUUGCGAUUUAGAGCGAGUAUACGCACUUAGAUAGCGAGCGGUACAGGUCACUCUAUAAUGGAAUCUUAAUGUCUACAGACCUCUCAGCGGACAGACAAACCCAUGAG